GUCAGCCAUAUUGAAAAAUUCUUCAGUAGCUCUAGCUUCAGUCAAGCUAACAUUCAGCUGGUAAGAUGUGAAGAUGGCGGAGCUUCAAAUGCUUUUGGAAGAGGAGAUUCCAGCUGGACGAGGCGCUUUACUUGACAGUUAUGCCAAUCUAGAAAGAGUUGCAGAAUAUUGUGAGAGUAAUUAUGUACAGUCUCCUGAUAAGCACAGGGCGUUGGAAGAGACCAAGAGCUACACCACCCAGUCCUUGGCCAGCGUUGCCUACCUGAUCAACACCCUCGCCAACAAUGUGCUCCAGAUGCUCGACAUCCAGGCGUCCCAGCUACGCCGCAUGGAGUCCUCCAUCAACCACAUCUCACAGACGGUGGACAUCCACAAGGAGAAGGUGGCUCGCCGGGAGAUUGGCAUCCUCACUACCAAUAAGAACACCUCCCGCACACACAAGAUCAUCGCCCCAGCCAAUCCGGAGAGGCCAGUGCGCUACAUCCGCAAGCCCAUUGACUACAGCAUGCUGGACGACGUGGGGCACGGCGUGAAGUGGUUGCUAAGGUUUAAGGUCAAUGCACAGAACAUGAAGGCAGGCGGGGCCCCACGCACCGCUGCACCAACCCAGAAACCCCCAAGCCCCCCAGGAUCAGGGAAGGGGGGAACCCUUGGGCGACACUCCCCCUACCGGACGCUUGAGCCUGUGCGUCCUCCCGUUAUCCCUAACGACUACGUGCCGAGCCCGACACGAAACACUGCCCAGACCCUGCAGAGCCCGGCACGCACCGCGUCUGUUAAUCAGAGGACCCGCACCUACAGCAGUGGCAGCAGUGGGGGAAGCCACCCCAGCAGUCGCAGCAGCAGCCGAGAGAACAGCGGCAGCGGAAGCGUGGGCGUGCCCAUCGCCGUGCCAACCCCUGCCCCGCCCACAGCUUUUCCAGGUAACGGCCCUCAGUUCUACAGCAUGAACCGGCCAAUGACACGACAGACCACACCCUCUGUGGGCGGGUCUCUUCCAUACCGCCGCCCCCCAUCGGUGACCGGCCAGCCAAACCUUCCCCCGGACCAGAACCCCAUCCAGACCCAGACCCAGACCCAGACCCAAAACCAACUCAACGGAGGACCACAUUACCAGAACCAAGCAGGUCCAGCGGUGGCCCCUCCUCCCCCCUCGAUUCUGCAGAUCACUCCUCAGCUUCCGCUGAUGGGCUUUGCCGCUCGGGUGCAGGAGACCAUCACGGACGCGCCCCCACCCCCGCCCCCUACCGAGGAGCCUGUGUUUGAGGAGACGCCCCCUCCCCCACCCCCCGAGGACUACGAGGAUGAGGAGGACGAGGAGGAGGAAGAGUCGGCCGUGGUGGAGUACAGCGACCCCUAUGCUGAGGAGGACCCGCCCUGGGCGCCACGCAACUACCUGGAGAAAGUGGUGGCCAUCUACGACUACUUGUGUGACAAGGAGGACGAGCUGUCCUUCCAGGAGGGGGCCAUCAUCUACGUCAUCAAGAAGAACGACGACGGCUGGUAUGAGGGCGUAAUGAGCGGCACCACCGGCCUUUUCCCCGGCAACUAUGUGGAGUCCAUCAUGCACUACGCUGACUGAGCCACUGACAACACACACCCUAACCCCCAAACACCACCUCACACCAUGUCCAUCUGCCGCCCACUUAAACACCCCCCACACACACACACACACACACACACACACACACAACUGUAAAGGGGGUGAUAUCCCCCCUACCCUCCUUGAUUCACCUUGCUGCUCACGCCAUACCGUCUGCUGCUCUCCAUCACACACACACACACACACACACAGAGUGCAUAAAGUGCUUACUGAUACCUACAGAUGCAGAUAUUAUUUACAAAACACCAACCUAACAUAACACCCUCUUCUUGACACACACACAUACACACACGUUCUCAGAGCUUACCCAUCCCAACCUUAAGUUUUGUCUCAUGGACAACUGGAGGAGAUCUUGAAGGUGUGGAGAGAAAGGAGGAAAGCGGUGAAGUGAAAGCAGAGAGACUUGACUUGGAGAAAGCGCUACAAAGAUCUUUGUCUGAGGAACCAUUUACCUGAAGUGAACUGUGAGGUUUAGUUCUUCUCAAAUUUUUUUUUUUUUGUCUUAAACCAUGUACCCAUGAAGUGAAGAGUGUAUAGUAAAGACUAUGGUGUGGGUGUGUUUGAGUGUGUGUGUGUGUGUGUGUGUGUGUGUGUUUGGAUAUCAGUAGGUUAAAAAUUCCAGAAUCUGAUCGACCACACCUACAGGUCAUCAGGGCUUUUUGGAGGACCUUAUUUUCUUUUCUUCCUCAGUUUGAACUCUUGUGCAUUUCUAUCUUAUUUUCCCUUCCUUUUAAAAUAAGCUUGCUCGCUUCCUUAUUGCUUUGAGUUGGUGUGUGGAUUUGCAUGCUUUGUGAAGUGAGAAGUGAUGCUGUGAACUGAGAUCGAGGCAGGUGUCAUGUAAGAAGAAGAAGAAAAAAAACUAAAGAAAAAUAACUCGCUGUCUUUAUACCUCCACCUCUUCCCUAAAACUCACCCCCCAUCCCCCUCUUUUACCCCUUCACCCAGGCCACAGCUUUUCAGACAUGAUUAACAUGAGAUAUCUGAAUGGAGAGGCUUGAUUUGACACUAACAUUUGUGUUCAGACUGCUCAUAAAAGCUUCUUGUAGGCUUGUUAUUGGUUAAUGGCGAUGCGACUGCUACAUGCGACAGCGAUCGCUGCUGCAAACGGACACAUCUGAUCCAACUGACUCUUAGCCAACCUGAAAUGAACACUAGCACAGUGCAACACAAGAUGGAGAGAAAGACAAAUAUUUAUUUUUCCAUGUGGGGGUGGUGAGGGUAUAUUGUAUAUGUUUAUUUGGGGGGGGGGGGGCAGUUAUAGAAGAGUUAUAUGAAAUGUUUUGAUGUAUAAGGUGUGGGUUUUGAGGGGAGGGGGGCGGGGGGUUGAUACCAAAGGGUCCAACUAUGUUUAGAGUGCAGUGUUAUAUGAGAUGACCUUCAGAGGCGUUGAGCCUCUUCCCUCUCACCCUCUACCGUUUCUUUAGUCUUAAUGUUAUACUACAAAGUUACUGACGGCUUCUUAUGCACAGACGCCGUCCCCCCUCCCCCUCCCACACAGAUUUCUUACGGAGGAGUAGAGGAUAGAAACAUUAACCAGAGUCAGUGCCAUAUAGACAUGGGUAAAGGUUGGUAGGUUGGUUGGUUGGUUGGUGUGUGAAUGAGUGAUUGUGUGUGUGUGUUGUUAAUUUGCAAUGCUAACCACCUAUACCUUUCAUCUUUAUCCAGAACCACUACAGCAAAAGUUCACAUUGUUUAUUUGUUUUGUUUUUUUGGGCAACGUAAUGAACUACUUACGCGGUCAUGCCUAUUUCAGAGUAUCCUGUGUAAAGUGUUGAUAUUCACAGAGUUAUAUUGUAUAUGAUAUGAUAUAUUGUGUUGACAUGCAUCAUGUGAAGGCCCAGCAGUGAAUUCAUGCUGGCCCUGUCAGCUACAACCCCCUCCUCCCAAUCCUGUACUUGUAUCUGCAAUAACAACACUAUGAGGCACAAUUGAUCUGGUGUUUCAAAGGCUGGACUGAAAGCACAAGAGGACUGGGGAGGUGGUGGAGGGGAGGGAAGGCAGACGUGACUGGUCUGAAGAAGGGCCUGGUUCUCUCACACACAGACACACACACACACACACACACAAAGACAUAGUGGGGAACCGGUCUUUACAGCCUACAAACAAAAGACUCAUCACAAAAACAACCUUUAAAUGAUAAUUUUGUUUCCACAAGUCAACUGUAUGAUAUGGUACACAGGGGACUUUUCCAAGAGGUACAUUGAUGUUUGUCUGUCUGUCUGUGUGUGUGUGCUUGCGUGUUUAAUGUGAAAUGGUUAUUUAACCGUCUCUGGAUAUGUGUGUUAAGUUUACGUUUGUUAUAAUCUUUUUUUUCUUUUCUUUUUUUUUUUUUUAAAUGAGAGUUUGUGGACCUGUAACUUGUGAGUCUAUGCAUGUUGAAUAUCUUUGUGAGGUUUUUUUUUUUCUUUAGUUUUUCCUGAUUGGUGGGGACUUUUAAUUGGCCCUCUCUUCCGGGCAGAACACGGCUCAGUUUCUCCACGUCCUCAUGUGUCUCCUUGCCUUCUCCCUGAACACUGAUCUGUAUACAGAAAGGAUAGACGCUACGAAACAUGAUGAUGGGCAACAUUGUUUGUCAUGCAUCUUAAAGAUCAGAGCUGUAGGAGAAAAUGCUACCGGGAACGCAGGAAAUACACACUCAAUGUUUAUUUGAAAUGGGGCCUUGGGUUUGCAUCGCUGCCUUCAUACCUUGAAUUAUAGCUCCCCCUACGGUUCACCAGAGCCUCAUUGCCUUGCCCCAAUCCCCACCCAAUCUUAACAUUUCAGCAGCGGAUAUGAAAGGAAGAAUGGUGCGAUGAGACGUCAAAGGACAGGGGAGGACUAGAGAGACAGUUGGAAGGUAGGAGUGAGAGUAAGCAAGAGAGAAGACCCAGGCUGUGGUCGAAUAGUCUUUUUUGUUGUUGCUUAGGAAGGUUCCUACCUGAGUGAAAUGACCAGUGAGAGCUGAUUGAAUUAUCUAAAUGCUAAUGGAAAGGGGGCUUCAAUGCAUCCUUUCUUAUCCGUUUUAUCAUAGGGAACAAGAAACGAUCAACGUGACCCACGUCAAUAACAUCUUCCAUUGCAUAAUUAGGCAACGUAGCUUAGUGUCUGAGUGUAAUUGCAGUCUUAUUCUCUUUGUGCUGCGGUGUUCUCUGCCUAAAUCGUUAUAGAUUAUUCUUAAUAUCUUUCAUUGACCUCUAGAUGAUUUCCAUCAAGGUCACAGAAAAGUAGUUAGGACAAAAUCAUUUUUUGACUAUUCGAUCACAACCCCAGUUUAGUUGUCACUUCAAUCGUUUAAGAGCAAAAGGGAUCCAGGUGGCCGAAGCCCGAAACUACACCUCCCCCCCAAAAGCCCCAGGGCCCCAUCCAAAGAAAACCCCAACUUCUGUACUUGUGUCCGGGUUAGUAUAAGACUUGAGUUGAAGACCAGUUCACAAGAUGUGGGAAUCAACUUGCUACAAGAGGAACAAUAAAAUUAAAUCUGUUGGAAAUAUU